AUGCAAAUCACCAAGAAUCUCAUACUUCUGGCCGUCUGCGCCGCCACGGCAUCCGCUGUUACCGUUCCUGAUACCGCUAUUGUCGACGAGUGCAGCAACCUCGGCGGUGUCAUGUCGAUCCCGGAUCAUGAGCUCCCCGAGGGCGUUGAACCCUCCGAUGUUCGCAGGUGUAUUGAGCACCCUCUCGGCCGCGAGCGUUAUCUUGAAGAUGCCUCUUUGGCUCCCUGGGACGAUGCUGAAAUUGUCAACAUCCCAGGUCUUGGGACCAAGAAUAUCGCUGAGCAUUAG